CCUCCUCGUCUUCCUCGCCGCGGCCACUCCGCCACCACACUGCCACGCCGACGCCGCCCUCCCUCGCCAAUGCCGACCCGCCUCCUCCUCCUCCUCGCCGCCGCCAAGCUCUGACGGAGAACCGGAGGCUCCGCCGCCGCGCACCCCGCGCCGUUGCCUCUGCACCACCGCCGAGCGCCGCCACGAGCUCUCCGACUGCGCGUCGAGAUUUCUCGAGCCGCUUUUACGGUUCUUGAUUCCGAGAAAGGGGGGCAGGGGAGGAUCCGGCGCCAUGGGGAGCGAGCCCAAGGAGAUGAAGUACAGGCGGAGGGUCAGAGCUCCCGAGCCGGGGGACUACGGGCAAUGCGGCGACCGGGGAGGCGGCGCGGUGGACUGGGCCGCGCUCAAGCAGCAGGACCCGGCGGAGCUGCUCCGGAAGCUGGACGAGCUACGGGACCAGAUCACCCGGUCCUGCGAGGCCGCCGGGCCGCCGCCGCACCGCAUGGGCCGGCGCGCUGUCCCCAUGCGCCCCUCCCACGCGGACCCCCUGCCACCCCCGCCGGGCCGUGGUGCGCCGCCGGAGUACUACCGCCCCUCGCGCCACGCCGGCCGGUACGGGCCGCCGAGCUCCUACGACCAGCGCUCCGUGUGCGAUGACAGGUACGCGAGGCAGCCGAGCGGGAGGUUCCGGCAGCCGCGCCCGGAGGGGCAGUGGGAAGGCCACGGGUACGGCGGCCAGGGGAGCGGUCACCACAGCUCGUGCCAGUGUCCGCAGUGCGUGCACGGCCAGCGGGCCGUGCCGCCGCAGGAGGAGAGCAUUCCGAUGGCGAGGUUCUUCGCGGGGCAGCAGAGGCCGCCGUACCAGUUCGACAGGUCCGCCUCGUCGAUAUCGUCGGAGUACGACCGGAGGUCCGUGGCCUCGUCGCUCUACUCGCAGCACCUUUCGAUAUCCAAGAGAAGGGUGGAGUACUUCAGCAAGAAGGCCGACAGCUUCUGCCGGCCGGCAAAGGGCGGCGCGCCGUUCGUUGUGUGCAGCUCCUGUAACCAGCUUCUGCAGCUGCCUCCCGGGAAAUGCACAGCACCCAAGCAGAAUCAGGUUCAGUGUGGCUCCUGCUCAGAGGUUGUUACUUUCAUCAAGCUUAAGGGAGUGAAAGUUCAUCCGGUGAUCCCAUCGUCGUCUUUCAGUGUACCAAAAAGUGUGAGAAGCUCCGAUCGUCGGGCUCCCCAAAGUUCUGGUUGGUAUCCAUAUCAGGAUGAUGACACUUCUAGUUUCGACAGCUAUCGACAGAAACAGAAUUUCUCCGACAAUCUGUCGCAGUCUUCUAUUGGAAGCUAUGGCAGCAGCACAAACAAAGAGCACGGGCCAAACAAGAGCAGUCAGGUAAAACCUGUAUCUGUCAGCAAGUCUAGAUUUGCAGAUAGCCCAAAAGAUAUAUUAUGUCAAGGAGAUGCAGACAGCCAUGUCGAAGCUUCACUUAUUCGCACAAUCUGUCCACAAGCCCCAGUUUUAGAGGAUAAACUUGUUGAUCCUUUUUCCAGCCAGCAAAAUGAUUGCAGCGGUGGAGAUCAAAUCAAGAGCAAGAGAUAUGGCUUAAAUAGCAAAGGAAACUUUGAUGUUAGAGGUGAGAGGAUCGAUGUGAAAUGCGAAGAAAAGAGAAAUGGAAAGCAGAAGGAUGGAUCUGGUGAAGAAACCAGGAAGAAAACAUAUGGACAGAAAUAUCUCAAACAACUUAAUGCUAGUUGUCCUACUAGUCACAUAGGCAACAAGAGCAUGCGGAAGGCCAAUAGUGAUGAUAGCAGCAGCCUCGAAGAUGAAGUGACAAGCAAAAAGUAUGAAGAAAAGAGCAAACAAGACAGCAACAACUUUGAAGUUCAAGGCAUUAACAAGAGAUACGGCAACUGCGACAAGGAAGGUUAUAACAAUGACUUGGAAUUUGAUAGCAUAACUAAGACAUGUGAAGAAGAGAGCAUUGAAGAUGAUUAUUCUAAAUCAGUGUCUUCAAACUGUGAAAAUGCCAAGACAGUAGCCAAAAAUGAGUCAUCAGUCAGUGAGCGAACAAAUACUAGCUCACAUGUCUCUUCUGAUGCUGGGCUAGAUGAAAUUCAAUCUUCAGCUGGUAAGAGUGGGGACUCAUCAUUUUUUGGUGGUUUCUUAAAGAAAGGUUUCAAGGAUCUUUCUUUAUUCAAUCAGUCUAUGGACAGUGUCAAGGUUUCCAUCAAUGGUCAUCCAAUCUCUGAACGUGCUCUUCGUAAGGCAGAGAAAAAAGCUGGUCCUGUUAGCCCUGGUUCAUAUUGGUAUGACCAACGUGCUGGAUUUUGGGGUGUCAUGGGGCAUGAGUGCAGCGGCAUUAUCCCUCCAUUUAUAAAGGAAUUCAGUUAUUCAAUGCCCAAGAAUUGUGCCGGUGGGAACACUGGAGUGCUUGUAAAUGGCAGAGAACUUCAUCAGAAAGAUUUCGAUUUGCUUGUAAAGAGAGGCCUUCAACGUUUCUCUGAAAAAUCAUAUACCGUUGAUAUCUCAGGAAAUGUGAUUGAUGCUGCAACAGGCGAUAAAUUACGCAGCCUUGGAAAGCUUGCUCCUACAAUUGAGAAGAUGAAACGCGGCUUUGGCAUGCACGUCCCCGAAGAGAUAAGUUAGCAGCGCCCUGUCUAUGUUGAUGUCUCCUUGCUUUGCUAUCCCCCACUUGAAAGCUGUGUAUGUGAGUUAGAUCUCUGGACUCUGCUCUGGAAGAAGUCUUUUAAAUCAUACUUCUGGUAGCCUGUGUGCAACUGCAGCAGCAGCAGCAGCAGCAAUGAUACUCCAGGAACAAUACUCAUCCAACCUAUUUCGCACAUUCCAUUCCUUCACCCGAAACACCCGACAGGUAUACCUCCUAAAGUCCUAAUCAUACAUCUGGGCAGGCAGCUCCAAGUUCCUCCGGUCGUGUCGCGUCAUUUCUCAUCUCAUUUGCUGCACAUGUUGUUGAUGCAAUUUUUCCUCGGUAUAGCAUAGGUGGCGUCAUAACUGCUGCGCGUUUUUGUGGGCUUGUAAUUCACUGGUAGAAUAUUCCUACCUUGUAGAACCAAUUGUAAAUAUCAAACUCCCAUGCCACCUCCUCCUAGGUGGGCAGGUGGCUGGUGUGUGCUUUGUGGAAUGGUUUGUUUGUACUUGUA